AUGUUUUGGCUAGUUCUAUUAUACCUCAUUAUUCCAGCAUGUUUAGCCAAUACGGAAACGUACCUACUUAAGAUUCCCCAAUAUUAUGACAUUCCAUCACAUCCUCAGCCAAUGAACGAAUCAGAUCAAAUUCAACGCAACUGGCAUCGGAUCAAUUCAAGUCUAUCGGUAUUGCUCGAUUACCCCAUUGCCACAAUUUAUGAUGAGCUAGAAAUUGGCAUGAAACGGUCCAAUGUGGUGUCGCUGCCCUAUGAUAGCGUUACACAACUACCACAGACCAUCCUUGUACGAUUGAAUAAUUAUAAUGAUUCAGUAAUGGAUAAUAAAGAUUUGUUGAAUGUCAAAUUGUGUUGGCCUGCUACACUGCCGUUUGAUUUCAGGAUAUCUCACGAAUACAUAAAGACAGGGGAGUUGAUCAGUGAUGCCAGCUUAAUUGAUCACAAUCAGUUAGAUAUAUACCUUCGAAUCGACUAUCAGUUCUUUGGCAUUACUUUUGAUGAAAAAUUCUUGAAUUCGCAGGAUAAUGUCAAGUUCCAAUUAUAUGUCAACAAACUUCCGUUCAAGUUGAUUCCAAUUCCUUUGGAACUAUACGACUUUGUAAUCUACUUGGUCGAUCUUGUCAUCUUGGUGAUUACUCAAUUCCCAUUACUCACAUCAAUCUUGAAUAUAAAACACGCAUCUGGUAGCGAUAAAUUAUGA